CCUUAUAAAAGCAGAAACCCACCACAGAUCCAGCCUAAGUCUUGAGAAGAAGCAGUAAAUCAGUUUCUUCCACUUGAGAAAUACUUAAGCUUUACAAUGGCAUUCUCUGGUAUUCUGAGUGAAGCUGACAUUGCUGCUGCCCUGCAGAACUGCCAAGCUGCUGACUCUUUCAACUACAAAACUUUCUUUGCAAAGUCUGGACUGAGCAGUAAAUCAAAUGAUGAUGUAAAGAAAGUCUUCGAGAUCUUGGAUCAGGAUAAGAGCGGCUUCAUUGAGGAAGAUGAACUGAAACUCUUCCUCCAGAACUUCAGUGCAAAAGCCAGAGCGCUCACUGACUCUGAGACCAAGAUCUUUUUGUCAGCAGGUGACACCGAUGGUGACGGCAAAAUUGGUGUUGACGAAUUCCAGUUAUUGGUGAAGCAUUAAGGACGUUCACAGACAGUUUAGGUUUCUUUCCCACACAAUGAAGUUCUCAUGUUUUGGCCUUUCCAUUGGUUAAACUGAAUUAUAACCAUCUCUAUAGAUUCGUUCAUUUUCCAACAACUGGCUUCCCCAUUUUAUACAACGUGGAACUGCGUAACAAUUACAAAAAUGUUGAAUUGUUCCUUGUAAGCCAAAAACUUGGUGACAAAAUCUCAGAACCAACAGUUUAACUAAGACUUGCUUUAAUCCCUUGGUUUACAUGUAUUUAUAUUUUUUACAUUGAUAUUGCAUUGAGAUCAAUUUGUACGACUGCAAUUUUUGUAAAAUGAACAAAAUGUAACAUUUUGUUUUAUGUUCUAAAUGGUUAAAGCAGAACAAGAUAAAGAAAAAAACGUUAUCAAUAAACAACAUUUUGGAAUCCGA